CUGUUAAUGUACAUGGACCUCCACUCCAGCAGGUGGCGGUGAAACAACCUUUUUUCUUAAACUGGAGAUGAGGAAAGAAGAAAAGCGUCACAGUUCAAAACAAUACUUGAAGUUCCGACUGUCUGGCGCCGUGUGUCUCCUCAUGAAGAUGUCUCAAAAUAAUCCCGAAAAAGAUGACCAAACUAACAAAAAAACCAUCUCGCUCCCUAUUUCCAGAGUCAGGCUGAUCAUGAAAAGCUCCCCUGACGUUUCCAGCAUCAACCAGGACGCGAUUUUCCUCACGACCAAGGCCACAGAGCUGUUUGUGCAGCAUCUGGCUCUGUCCUCAUUCAACAGCGGCUCCGGAAAGGAAACCAACAGUCUGUCAUACAGUGACCUGGCUAACACCGCAGAGGAGAACGACACUUUCCACUUUCUCACAGAUAUCCUACCCAAAAAGAUCUUGGCCCGAGAUUACCUCAAGUCUUUGGAGCAAAUGCAAGAAGAGGAGGCUGACUUUUAAAAAAACAAAACAAAAAGACAAUGAAUGCAUUUCAUGUCUCUGCAGCUCUACUUUGACAGGUGUUAUGAAAUGUGCUGUAUCCGGCUGUUCAUUGAGAGCAAAGUGAUUCAUGAUUGAGUUGUAAGUAGAUUGUCAUAAAUACUUGAAUACUUGUUUGAACUAAUCAAUUCACGCUCAGUAUAAUACUUGUGAAUAUUUAAAGUGCAUACAAUAUCUGACCACCUCACAAGGCAUCUUCCUCAUGUAUUUACA